AUCAGGAAGUGACUGUUAAUACGUCACGCCUACCAUAAUGGAAUUAAACUACAACGUGAUCUGUGCAAGCCGCCCAAGCGAAACGCGUUAUUAAGUUCUGGUACGUCCGAUGUCAUCACGUGAUCAUACGAUGAUUAAGUUCACGGAAGAACUCCCCACUGUGCUGCACCUUGAAAACAACAAGAGCUAGCUGCGAGUUUUAAAGACUACAAAGCCGCGGGGUAUGGACUUCAUUUGGGAGAAAGAGCUGCAUCACUGAUAUGUGAUCUUUUACUACUGUUUGUAAUAAAGAAAACAUUUCUUCGUAUCCAGUUGCCUGAUCAUCUGCUACAUUACAGUCCUGUGCUUGGGACACAAGCCAUACAAGCUAAAACAGACUUUUACUCUGCUUGUGAGUUUAUGUCAUUCAUUUAUUCUAUUAUCACAAGUGUUACAGUAUCACACUAUAUAUUUUCCUUUUGUUUUUAUGUAUUAUGUUCCAAAAUAUCUCUGGGAGAAUAUUAUGACAUUCCAUUUGUACAGACUACUAGUAAGUUUUUAUUAUAUUUAUCACUUAGUGCACUUGAAAUUCGGUGUGAGUUCCCCGUGGCAACGCUCUGACCCUGCGGCUCUCGCGAGACUGACCGGACCGGAGGAGAGAGAAGGGAGCUGACAGGAGCUGCAGGAAAGGUAAGUUACAGCUUGCUGCCAGCACCCAACAGGACCGCCGGGCUUGUAACGAGCCCGGCGGUCCUGGUCUGUAUUAUGGCAAUUUUGCCAUAAUACAGACAGUGACUCGAGUAUAAGACGACAAAAAAUGUGCCGAAAAACUUGUCUUAUACUCUAGUAUAUCUGGGUAAUUUUUUUUCCCUUUUUAGUGCACUGUUAUAUAGUUAUAGCACUUUAUAGUGCACUGUUAUUUGCACUGUGUUGCACUUUACAAACUCAUUGAUCAGUAUUUUAAAGGUGCAGCACACCCUUUUGACUUUGUUUUGUUAAUGUUUUUAAUAGUUGAACAAAAAUAAAUGUGCAUUACAGUUAGGCAUUUAAUAAAUAUGUGCUUUGUAAAAUUCAUAAAUAACUCCUGGAUACACACUCUUAUGAGAUGUGCUGUUCACACCUAUGGACCAGUUGUUCCUUCAGGUAUAAUAUAGGGCAGGGGUAAGCAACUGUAGGCACUCCAGAUGUUGUGAAAACAAUAUAUACAAAAUAUAGGUUGCGCCAAUAUAAAGUCCAAUUAGUCCACAAUUGCUGGAGUUUGUUCUCAACUGGUAACCAUCCAGACUUCAAAUGGUGGGAGCAUAUGAAAUUAAAGCAGAAAAUAACCACUGAUGGCGCAGAGCGUAUGGAACUAGGUGCAGGACAUACAACAAUAAUGUAUAUGGUAUAUCACUCACUUUUAAGAGCUGUAAGACCAGCUCUGAGUUUAGCAGCAUGCAGCGGUACAAUCCCCACUGAUGGAUAUGUAGAUCUUGGGGCUGGUCCCUCAAUGUGUAGUUUGAUAUAUAAAAUAUAAAAGUGGCAAACAAUAGUGCUCACUGUAAUCAAUAUAUUGAUGAUUGCAAGACUAAGAAUAUUCUACUCACAUGUAGUGGAGCAGUAGAUCCUGAUCAGAUGGUAGCACUUGGGUGGCAUAAUCCCCACCAGGGAUAUGAUGUUAAGUAGAUUCACCAAGGAGUAGAAUCCAAAGUUUUCUUAUUAGAUAUCUUUUUAAGUGCCAGAAACAGAAGAAAUUAAAAAAUAAUAAAAGCAUAAAAAGCUUAAUAAAUGGACAAACACAACUAGUAGUGAAUGCCAAACAUACUUUAAUGCUUUAAAAACAAAAGUUAAAACAACUCAUUUUGCCAACUGGGGGGGCUUUCUAAAGUGUAGAUGUUGUGGACUACUGAUGCUUUGCCAGUAUUAUGGAUCUAGAAGGAUUGUGGGGGAUGUAGUCCACAACAUCUCAAGUUCCAAAGAUUACAUACCCAUUAUAUUGCGUAACUGACUGCAGUUAAAAAAAAUCAUAAAUUCAUAUAUCUUUGCAUUUCACUCACAAAAACAGAUUUGAGUUUGACCCCACCCCCCAAGAUGCUUCAUAUUGUUUACAAACAGACACAAAUUAACAGACAUCCAUAGACUCAUAACAACACACACCUCUAUCAAUACACAUACUAAUUUACUAAAACACACACAGUAACACAAAAUCACUUUCAAUAUCCCUCACUCUCCACCAGAAUAUGUGUUGAAUGAAGAAGUAGAUGUGUUGGAGGAGACUGGCUGCUCCCCCUGUAAUCUAGUGUUGAAGCUCACUAUGCCUCAGAGCUUCUACAGGCUGAAGGUGCCACACUGUGAUUUCAAAUCCCAGCACGCACUUCUAAAACACACCAGAAGAGCUGAUGCUGAGCACCCCAGUGAUAGUGUAUUAUUUUGCCAGCUUACAAUUGCAUGGUUUAUGAAUAACUAUCCCUCCCAGAUUUCUUUUGGUUCCUACAUGAUAGAGUUAAUAUCCUAAUGAUCUUUGCACAUAAUUUAUAGUGUGCAUUGAAAGUCAUUUGUCGGUGUUUGCAGAUGACACUAAAUUAGGUAAGAAAAUACAGUCUGAGCAUGAUAUAGCUUCUCUAUAGAGGGAUUUGGAUACAUUGGGGGGCUGGGCAGGCAAGAGGCAGAUGAGAUUUAAUACAGAUAAAUGUAAAAUCCUGCAUUUUGGAAUAAGGAACCCAUAAGCCACUUAAACAUUAAAUGAGGAAGGGUUAGGGAUAACAUUAAAUGAAAAUGACUUAGGAACAAUUAUAGAUCACAAACUAGGCAACAGUUUGCAAUACCGGUUUGCCUAUGCCAAAGCUAGUUGGGUGCUUUCAGUAAUAAAAAAGGGGUUUAGACGUAAUCCAAAUAUAAUUUUGCCUCUUUACAAAUCAAUAGUAAGACCCCUACCUUGAAUAUGCGGUGCAAGCUUACAAGAAGGAUUUUGUAGACUAGAGUCGAGCUAUAAAACUAGUAAGGGGGGUGGAAAAUAUUAGUUGUGAGCUUGCAGUGUGAUGACGUCACGGAACUCUAGCAACGAAGAGGUCGGCAAUGGGGGGGGCUUAUGCAUUUUUUAUUUUGUCUUCAAUUGAGAAACUGUCCCUGAGGAAGUACCUAACUGGGAUGAAAUGCGUAGGGCUUAUCCUGUGAUUAUUUGGUAAUAUGUUUCACCUGCUACUGUUUACUUCUGUAUAAGUAAAUACAUUUUCAUUGUGCACUUUAUUUUUAUGGUUGUCUUAUUUGAUUACACUUUAUCUUUUCUUUUCAUGAAUGAGACUGACACCAAUAAAAUUCAAGAUCUGAGAAGAUUUACACCAACUACUAUCUGAAGGCUUUUUAUUUGGCUCCAAAGUGUGAGUGGCCAAUUGGCACUUACUAUACACCAAUACUUUAUUAUACACUAUGUUGUGCUGUUCUUGUCUUCCAUAGCUGGAUAAACCCUAUAUUUUGCAUUGGAGCUACAAAACUAUUGUAGUAAGGAGGAUUGAAAACAUUAGUUGUGAGAAAAGGCUAGAAGAACUGGAAAUGUUUUCUUUCGAAAAAAGGUGCCUUAGAGGGGAUAUGAUCGCACUAUACAAAUAUAUACAGGAUCAGUACAAACUGCUAUGUGCUAACCUAUUCAUUAGCAAGAACAUAAACAGACACGAGAUCACCCAUUGACACUGGAAGAAAGGCAUUUUCACUUACAGCAAAUGAAAGAGUUGUUUACAGUAAGAACAAUAAAGAUGUGGGAUUAUAUGCCUAAAGAUGGUAAUCAACUUCUAUAGUAGAAAUGUGCAUUCGUUUCCGUACGAAUACGAUUUUUUUGUCCGAAAAUUCUGGAUUUUUCGUAUUCGUUUACUGAAAUAUAAACGAAAGCCCUACAUUUGAAAUAUAAACAAAACUAAAGUGCAAAUUCUGAAUGCAUUACCUUUUUGUUUCAUUUCAUUCGUUUUAUAGACUCUGUGCUGCAGAUGAAUUAACCCCCACAGCACGGAGAAAUAACAGUACGCAUGCAGGAAAAAAAAGAAAGGAGGGAGCCGGCAGCGCUACCGGCUCCAUCCUUGUAAUAAAUAUUAAUUCCAAACCCCCUGCCCCCACCCUUGCAUAAAUUAAGGGGGGGACCUAAUGUCUCCCCUGGUCUCCACCCAUGAGCAGCAGAUAGGGACCCUAAAUAAAUAAUGGGGGGGACCUAAUGUCCCUGCUGGUCCCCACAUAUGAGCGGCGGUGGGGACCCUAAAUAAUUAAAUAAUGGGGGGGACCUAAUGUUCCCACUUGGUCCCCACCAGGCGCGGACUGGCCAUCGGGCACACCGGACAAAUGCUUGGUGGGCCGCGGUGGCCAUGGGCCGAGGCCAGCAGGGGAGGUUGUAGGACAUCCCCUGCCUGUCUUUGAAGGGCCGGUGAGGAGAUCAAAGAUCUCCCUCACCGGCCCACUUGGACAGACAUGCGGCUGGGGAGGGAGGGAGAUGACCCGGCGGAGCUCUAUCUUGCAGCUCCGCCGGGUUCCUCUCGCGAGAUCCGGAGCGUUGCCAUGGCAAUGACCGGCUCUCGCGAGAGUGAACUCUAGUCCGCAGAGUUCACUCACCCACUAGGACCACCAGGGAUGGUGUCAGAAUGCCUGCUUAUGUUAUUUUUUACCCCCCCCUCCCCACACACACUCCCUUCUAACAUUCACACUCAGCACUAUCACACGUGGCACCCUCACACACAGCACCCUCACACCAUCACACACAGCACCACUCAAACACAGCAUCCAUCACACACACUGCACCCUUCACAUACACACUAGAUCCCUCACAGACACACACUGCACCCCUCACACAUACACACUGCACCAAACACACACACAUUACUUCCGAACAUAUUUAUAUUAUAUGCACACACACACUACAGCACUCCUAAACACAUUACGUUCCAGACAAACACUAGAUCCCUUACCCAACUCUGGAUCAUAUACACACACUAGAACCCUUUAUACACUUUGAAUCCUUAUAUACACACACUCACUAGAUCUCCUACACAUUAUGGGUUCUUCAAACACACACGACUCCUGUAUACACACACACACUGCACCACCUACACACACUACAUUCCUAAAAUACACACUCUGGAUCCCUUAUAAACACACUAGAUUCAUUGUAAACAAACACAUACUACACCCCUAAACACACACUCUCUACAAACACUACAUCACCUACACACACACAGUAUAGCCUGUAUGCACACACUUACUACAUCGCCUAUACACACAUUCUCUACAGCCCCUAGCCACAUAUGCAUUACGUUACACCUAAAACACAACACGACUAAAACCGACCUUAUUACACAAGACCACACCACAAUCAGCUCACUCUACACACACGCAAUCCCACAAGCAGGCUACAAACACAUGCACAAUACUCUUUCCUGGCCCUUUUGUCUCCUGAUAUCCAUUUAUAGAGACACCAGAGACAAGUUGCAAGGAAACACAGUGCAAGCAUGUUAUUAAAUUUGUUUGCACUGUGAAAAACAAAUACAGGGCUUUUUUUCUCAUGCUAGAGCUCUUUAGCAGAGUUCUGCGCAUGGUCUGCCCUGGAAAAGCAUUGAACCAACAUGCUCACUUUGAGAAGGGGCGUGUUUGUCAUUGGUGAUGACGAAACACACCAUCUCUGCCCUGCCCCCUUCUUAGUGGGCCGCUGUGAUAAAAAAAAUGUCCGGGACGAAUUUUUCUCCCAGUGCGGCCCUGGUCCCCACCCAUGACUGGCGGGUGGGGACCCUAAUUAAUUAAAGGGUGGACCUAAUGCCCCCCGUUCCCCACCCAUUAAUCGGCGGGUGGGGACCCUAAUGAAUUUAAAGGGGGACCUAAGGUCCCUCGGGAUCCUAAUUAAAUAAAAAAGGGGGGGACCUAAUGUCCCCCAUGGUUCCCACCCAUGAGCGACGGGUGGGGAUCCUAAUAAUUUAAAGGGGGGACCUACUGUCCCCCCCUUGGGCCCCACCCAUGAGCGGUGGGUGGAGACACUAAAUAAAUAAAUGUUCCCCCCAGGUCCCCACCCAUGACUGGCGGGUGGGGACCACAAAUAAUAAAGUGACUAGGGGUUCCCAAGCCCCUAGUCACUCCCCCCCAAUAAAAAUACCCUACUUACCCCCCUCACCCUAAUAAUAAACUAACCCUGUAAAACAAGAUUUCAUACUUGCCAUUAGAUGUCUUCUUCUUUUCUUUCUUCAGCCCCAAAAAAGGCCAAAUAAAAAUCCAUAAUACGUGUUGCAACUUUAAAAAUAGAAAAUAACAUUAGGUGGGGACCUGGGGGGGACACUAGGUCCUGCCCAUUAUUUAUUUAUUUAGGGUCUCCACCCGCCGCUCUUGGGUGGGGAACAGGGGGGACAUUAGGUCCCCCGUUUAUAUUAAUAGCCCCCACCCGUGGGUCAGGGUGCAGGGGGCACUAUGUCCCCCCAUUUUAGUUAUUUGUAUUCCACACCAUGGGGGGACCUAGGCCAGGUCCCCCCUUAUUCCACUAGUGACUGGGCAGACUUAGCUGCUCAGUCACUAGUACUUUUCAAUGUUUAGGAGACAUGCCCCUACUUGCAGCAUGCCACGAGUAGGAGCAUGUGGGAGGCUUUUGCCUCCCUUUUAUUAAUAUGGGGGUCAUAGUUACCCCCAUACUGAUUUAUAUUUAGUUUUAUGACAGCAAGCAGCCAAUGGCCGAUCACUGUCAUUUAAAACUGGAUAUAAAUGUAUCUUCUAUAGAUGUACAUGUAAAACGUAGCUAUUUAGCUCUAAAUAGCUACUUUUUCAUAUUGCAACAUUGUUAUAGUUUUUGCUAUAACUAUUGGUUACACGUACUCUUACCGUAGCUUUCUAUCACUUCUAUGUAAGAUACAGAUUUUUAUAUAACGUUUUAAAUGACAGAAAGCAGCCAAUGGCUUGAGGGCGAAAUUCAGGAUUGUCGAAUGAAAUUUUUAUUUUGUACAUAACGUGGCAUAAUUGGAAAUGGUUACAAUUGUGGGGACGGAGGUUCCUUUCUUUUGGACCAAGAGAAUAGGCUUCUUGGAUUGUACUUGAUGGACUUUAGUAUUUUUGUAACCUAGUCAAGUAACCUCUUUAAUGCAUCUUUCUGCAGAACUAUUUUAACAGUGACCAACUAAAACUUUGACUUAUAUUAUUAUAAACAAAGAGGGGCAGACACUGAACUAUGGGUCAUCCACAUACCUGUCAAACAAUGCAUUAAUGAUUGGCUCUUUCGUUAAUAAUUAUCUGUAAUGUGUAAGAUGAUGUAUCUAAACAGGUAUAAAGUGCCGCAGGACAGAUACUAUACUAUCACUCCUCUCUUCUCCUGCUACCUGAGCUCUGCCCUAUUGGAUACCAAGUGACAUCAUGUCAUUCGCUGGAACCUGGCAGGUCUAUGAGCAAAAUAAUUAUGACAAUUUCCUGAGGUCUGUAGGUAAGUAUUCUUAUUAUUAACUGAAUGGAGCAUUUGCUGAAAUUACAUAUGGAGAGCAUAGGAAAUGUGAAAAUGAAAUUGAUUUGAGCAGCAAUAUAUUAUUAUUAAUUUACACACAAAAAUCUAUUUGUAUAUAUAUAGUUAUAUAUAUUAUAAACUUGUCAUUAAAGGCAAUCAGAUGUAUAUAAUGAUAUACGUGUGUGUGUUUGUGCGCCCAAGGAUAAAUCUGACUGCCAUUCUGGGGUCAAGAAGGAAUUUUUUGCAUAGCUUGUUGCAAAAUUGUGCUUCAUACUGGAUUUUUUUUUUUUUGACUUCUUUUGGAUCAACAGCAAAAAACAAAUGUGAGGAAGGCUGAACUUGAUGGACGCAAGUCUUUUUUCAGCUAUGUAACUGUGUGUGUGUGUAUGUAUGUGUGUGUGUGUGUGUAUAUAUAUAUAUAUAUAUCUCUAUCAUGAUCUACUUUUUACUUGUCUAAUACCAAGUUAAUAAUACAUACAACACAUAUAAUCUUGAGCAAAGCAGGAACAGACAUGUCCUUGAUUUCCUGAGAGUAGUAUGAUUUAGACCCUUAAGUAAGUCAUUUUUUUUAUGACGGCAGUUGAAAUAACUAACUGUUACUUGAAGUGUAACUCCACCUAAUCUAUGGCAGCAAUAGAGGAUGUAUAUAUGUUACAGCAAAGUUCUUCCCUUAACCUAUCAACUACCCUAACACACUACACUACAGGUUAAGCCUUACAUUAUCCUCCUAACACACUAUAACUUAACUUAACUGAUAAAUCGUAACCCCUACACUACCUUAACACUUACAGUAAACUAAGUUACAGGGUUCUGUAAACAUUUCUAAACUAUUCAACCGGUCUCAAGAUUAAUUACAAUGUUGUCAGAACCCCUCAAUGACAUUAUAUUCCCACGAUACACGGUUAUCAACAUCUUAAGUAUUUCCCCAACAAAACUGUGACUUUUACCCUACCCCCACAUUCCCCAUCCCCCCCCCAAAAAAAGGUUUUGCCUUUGAAGCCUAUAUGGUAUUAUGUAAAGGUUAGUGUGAGGGAAUGUGUGCAUUAUAGGUGUGAUUAUCAUAAGCAUUUUUAAUGUCAGAUAUAUCAUAAAUCUAAUUCCAGGGUUGCCAGAAGAAAUUGUCAAGGUGGCCAAAGAUAUCAAACCGGUGAUUGAAAUUCAACAAAAUGGAGACACUUUUGUUGUCACCUCAAAAACUCCAAACCGGACCCACAGCAAUACUUUCGUUGUCGGGAAGGAAUCAGAAAUUGAUUUGCCUAAUGGAAAGAAGAUUAAGGUAAUCCUUAUAAAUUCACAGUACUAGCAAAUGUUCAAAUCAAAAUUAUAAUUCUCAUCAUGCUCUAUGAAGUUGCAGUUUGAAGAAGUGUACAGUGUUAAAGGAUUGGAGGUGGAUCAUGGAUUCAUGAGGGGCAUUAAAGGGUUUAUUUCUUAUCAGUCCCAUGACUACUAAAGACAACAUAAGGGUUUCUUUAGGAAAUGUAUGCUUCAUUUCUUGAUUCAAAUAACAGUUAAUGGCUGAUAAUAUGAACACUCCAAGCACCAUAACCAUAGCUCUCUAUAGUGGCUAUGAUGCCAGGAGUGCCCUUACAGCUCCCAAUGUAAAGAGUCAAACCACUUUAGAAUUGUCUGAAUUUUUUUACCUGGUAUUUGCUGGGCACUGCGCCUUGCUGGCUCUACAGCUGAAUCUCUCAUUCAGCAUCCACUUCCUGGUAUUUUAAACCUGUAUUCUCCUGCAUGCUGGGCAUUGUUUGAAGGAAUGUUCUAAAUACUUUAUCAGGGUUAUUCACUAAAGAAAGAAUUCAAAAUUUAAGGCCAGAUUAGUCAAACUUAAAGCAUAGCUUACUUUACAAAUUUACAAAUUGACUAUUUUGUCCUUAAAUUUAAAAUUCACUUUGAAUUCUCACUUUAGUAAAUAACCCUGCAUGUUAAUCUGAGGAUAUAGAUAAUGAGAUGGGUAUUUUUCUCAUCUCCUCUUGUUUUUGUGAGGAUCUUGUGAAUUCUAAGCAUAUUGGAGCAGUUUUCAAUAGAAAUUGGCACUUUUAUAAAUUUAACCUUGUUACAUCCUCCCUGGCAUUCAAGCAGACAACAGGUCCUGUUACUUCAUAGUUUGUUUAGCUCAGCGGCUUGCAACGUCAGCUGACUGUUCUAGCGAAUCAACAGAACCCUGCCUGGCAGCACUCUGCACUUCCUGAAGCUCAGUUUCAGAAGCCAGAUGCCGCUAGAGGACCUGGAGAUCCAAUGCUGGGACAGGCUUUGGGUUGAACCGUUCGUGAACAGUUUCACCCUUUAAACUUUAAAUUAAUUUUGUUAUGGUGACGAGUGCUCCAUUAAACUUUGUUCCACUUAAAAAUACAGAAAUCAUAGCUAGAAAAGAACCACUUUUAGCACAUUAGCAUUCUGCAAAAAUUUUACUUAAAAGGUGUACUCCAAGCACCAUGACCACAUCAGUGAUAUGAAGUACAGUGCCUGGAGUCUGUAUGUGCAGUGUUUCAGUUUGAAACACUGCACAUACACAUUUGCUGUCGGAAAUCUAACUUCACAUAGGUUAGCAUCAUUAGCCAGCAUGGAAUAAGGGUUCCAGAGUGGCUAAUGUCAAUUCUGUGCGUUUCAGGACUGCAGCCCUCCGUGUAGUCAGCCCAUCCAAAGUUUUAUCUUUAUUUCUUUACUCUGUUAGUUUCUAACAAGUGGAGACCAUGCCAGUUUUAUUAACACACUGUUUUUAGUUGGAGUAACCUUUAAAGGAACAUUAUAGGGUCAGGAGCACAAUCAUGUAUUCCUUACCCUAUAGUGUUAAACCACUAUCUAGCCCCCAUGACCCUCCCUUGCCCCCCUAACUAUAGUAAAAUAUUAUUACACCUUUAUUCCUAUCUGCUGCUGCUGGCUCAUGCGUCUGGUCUGCCUGCUUGGCUGACAUCAUCAGAAGUGAUUCUCUCAGUCAAUCACAAUGCUUUCCCAUUGGAUUGGCCGAGACUGUCAAGAAGGCAGAUCAGGGGCAGAGCUAGCAUAAGUCAAACACAGCCCUGAGCAAUCAGCAUCUCCUUUAUAGAGAUGCAUUGAAUCAUUGAUUUCUAGUCAUAUUUCUGCUUUGACAUUUUUUAACAGCACUAUUUAUUUAAGCUAUAUAACUUAGAGCAGGCUUCCCGAAACUCUGGCCUUCCAGAUGUUGCUGAACUACAACUCCCAUGAUUCUCGGUCUAUCUAUUUCAUUCAGAGAAUCAUGGGAGUUGUAGUUCAGCAACAUCUGGAGGGCCGGAGUUUAAAGAAGCCUGACAUAGAGGAACACGAUAGUGACAGGAAUACAAAUAUGUAUUUCUGUCACUAUAGUUGUAAUAAUACUACUUAGGUGUCCAGCCCCCCUGUAAACAAGGUAAAAGGUGAGUUUGCUCACGUUUAUUCCAGCACUGUGCAGUCCCCCGUUCUGCCUUCUUGGCUGAGAUCAUCAAAAUUGACAAAGGAUUAUAGGACUGUUAUUAAUAGACAAUCCACUGAUUUUCCACAGGAGAGAACUGCAAGGCUAUUGCCCAUAUGGGGCAAAACGCCACGCUGCCCCAGUUAGCAUCUCCUCAUAGAGAUGCAUUAAAUCAAUCUAUCUCUAUUAAGAACAUUCAGCACCUCCAUGCAAAGCGUGGAGAGGCUGAACAUCAGUACUGCACACAGUACAGCACUGACCAAGGAAGCACCUCUAGUGGCUGAGUGACUGCCACUAGAGGUGUUACUAGGCAGCAAUGUAAACAAUGCAUUUUGUCUGAGAAUGCAAUGUUUACAUGAAAAUGUCUGCAGGGACUGAUUACACUCACCAGAAUAACUACAUUAAGCUGUGGAUGUUCGGGUGAUUAUAGUGUCCCUUUAAUAAAAAAAAAUAUUUUAUUUAAAUAUACACCAACAAACUGAACUAUAUAUAUUCUUUGAAUAGGAACUAACCCACUUGUGUAUAUAAACAAAGUAGUUUGUAAAGAGUAUCACAACAAUAAAUUAAUUUAUUAUUGUAUAGGUGUUUAUUUCUCAAAAACAGUUUCUUUUUAACUUUAGGUCACCGUCAAUCUGGAAGGUGGAAAACUAGUCUGCAAGAGUGAUAAGUUUUGUCAUAUUCAAGAAAUUCAAGAAUCUGAAAUGGUGGAGGUAAAUGUGAUGUUAGAAUAUUGUAAUAGUGAUAGUUCAGAAAGAAUGAUAACGUAGGAGAUAAGUUAUUGAAAUAAAUUAAGGGAUUUGGUUAAAUGGUAAGGUCAUAAAGAGACAGUACAAAAGGGACACUGCACCCAAACCACUUCAUUUAGCUGAAGUGGUCUGGAUGCCUACGGUAUCCCUUUAAGGAACAAAGCAGCUUUAGACUAUGUACAGUAUCCUUUUAUCUUGAAAUAUUCCACACAGAGUGUCAAUAAAAUGUAUAUUUAGUUGACCAUAUUGCAAAACUGCACCUUUUAUUUGGAACAGUGAAUGAACCUAACCCAUAUAAUAAUGUAUGUAUGUUUCUGGUUUCAUUGUUUGCUUAAUAAUUUAUUAUUAAAGCAAAGAUAUAUAUUAUAUGAGAAAAACAGAUUUGGGACCUAAUAGCUCAAUAUUAAAAUGGUAUUGUCCCAAGUGGGGUGUUUGCAUUUGUAUUCUUAUGUUUGCAAAGACCCCCCACGCAGUGAUUAUCCACUUCCAUGGCAGCAUGUAGAGAGAAAAGAAUGGAUAGGUAUUUAGCUAGGGAGCUCCAUCAAUAGUGUUGCCAUCAACAAGAAUCGGCACUCAAAUUCCUAAAUGAUCGUUUAUUGCAUUACUGUAGGUUGGCAAUAUUUCAACUGGCACACAUGGUCUUUACCAAGUCUUAACAUUGAAAAACAACAUAAAACCUGUAAAGAGCCAUUCACUUUAUUCCUGGUUGUUGGCAACAAUAAGCUCCUGUCCCAAAUACCUACGUUAUCUGCAAUGAAAGAAUGUAUUCAGCCAACAAUCUCCAAGAAAGUGAAAAUUUCAACACUACAAUACUAUUGUCAAGCCUCAAGGCCUCAAGGUGAGGCUAAAGACCAUUUGGGGCAGUCAAAAUGUGACCCAUCUACACUGAUGCAAUAAAGGAACAGUACAAAAUAAGUGAGAGUUCUGUUCUCUGUUCUUAUAAUUUUAUUGAGGCCAUUUCUGAGCACCUUUACAAAAUAGGACUAUUUAAAUUGUGUGCCUCAAUUAACUUUAACCAAACAUAAUCCAGUAUAGGGUCAUCUUCAACCUCUGGCAGAAGCAGGCAUUAGGUGUCAUUUUACUUUAGGGGUUGAAAUAACUCUUGCAUGUUUUAGAAUACAAAACAUCAGGAGUUUGCAGAAAGCUGUAUAUAUUUUCAUUCACUAUCAGGCCUCCCAUAAGUUCCAACUUUUGGAGUACUGUUCCACUUCAUUUCCCUGUUCACCAGGUAACUGUCCCAAGCAACGCAGCAAAAGAGCAUCAUUAGGCACACUCUUGCUGUGCAGUGGACACUAAGACCAGGCAAGGAGCACUUCAACAGCGCGAGAGCCUGUCAGUGGGAAGGCCUGCCCGAUUUCCACGCAGACCUGCCUAUUAUGGGCAUUGCCACCCAAUCUAAUUCCAUACAUCCCAUUGUUAUGAGGUAUGCACCAUUCUACUAUGCAAGAAAAUCCCUGUUCCUAACAGCCAUUACGAGUGAUGGCGAUCAGCAAGAUGUCACAGCAGAAGCUGCUAAAAACUGCACCAUCAGCCACAUUGUCUUAUGAUAUAUUUUGACUGUGCUGGAAUUUUAAUGAAAAUUAAAUGUUUGAAUUUAUUUUUAAAGCUGCAUAAUUCAAAUGCCAACCUGUGAGCUAAACUUAACAUUUUUUUAUUUUGCCAGACCAUCACCGUUGACUCAACAUCAAUGACAAGAAAAAGCAAGAAGAUUUAAAGAACAAACUAAAUUUUUUUUGCUAUUUAACGACAGUACACUCUCAUAAGAAGAAUUGUUCCUCUACAGCUCUUAGUUUUUGUUCACAAAAUGUUCAGAUUUGGAAAAGACCUGUUUCAAAGGUCACUGAUUUAAAACAAAAAUUCUGAUAAUAAAAAAAAAAAAAAAACAUAAAAAUCUAUGUACAAUGUAUUCAUCUAGCUGAGUGUGUGCCAUGUGCAAGUCAGUCUAGACUGCAUUUUGGGGGGAAAUAAUGCUGUAAAAGACACUCACACUACGACGGUAUUUAGGAAAUAUUGACAAGAAUUUUAGAAUAGUUACAGAAAGAUUAAGUUUAGACCUUAUGCAACGUCAACCAAUAGUUUGAAGACUCAACAAGAUACUGGAAUAUAUUCAUUGUAUUUGGUAAUACCAGAUUAAAUGUUAACGGUUACAAGGUUGCUAAAGGAACUUUGCCAAAACUAUCUCAGAGUUGGAAACUGAACUUGGUCAGAAUAAAUGUUAAGGUUAAUACAAUAAAUACCUUUUAUAAACUCAAAAACUGUAGUUCUUACAAUAUUAUUUGCUAAAGGGAGAAUUCAAAGAUAAUUGAAAAAAUAUGGCGAUAGUAACUGAAAGCAUAGCUCACUCAUAGCUGACUCACUCAGCUAUUUUGACCUUAAAUUUGAAAUGUACUUUGUAUUCAAUUUGCAUUCUCAGUUUAGAGAAUACCUGUUUGAAACAAGAAAGAUGAAAAGAAGUAGAAGAUUAAAAUUCUUAUUUUUGUUACCCAGCUGAUCAAAGGUAUUGUGUGUGUGUGUGUGAGUGCAGGGAUGUAUUUGUACAAUAUGCC